CAUGUUUGAUUGGACCAGGGCGGUCCCGGGAUGGAAUUAUGCCUGCCAUUCUAUGGAAUCUCACUCACUAGCCUGGCGACUAGGCCGGUGGCUUUGUGCCUGUCUCAUCAAACACACGCCAGCUAGCUCCGCGCUUCACCGUCGUCCUCAAACAGGCCGUCCGUCCCACAGUCGGCGAUGGCAUUGAAUUCGUCAUUGGGAUUCUCGUAUGCCAAGCACCCCUGUGCCUGGCCGCCUGCCCAGGUGGGCUGUGGCAGAUCCAGCGAUCCGGGGGUUCCCACUCCGCACAAUCCACCAUCACCAUGCAUGACUGACAGGCCGCCCCAAUCCCCCAAUCCCCAGAUUAACAACUUGCCAGUCCUUUGGUUCAAAAACACCAUUCCUCAGGCCCUGAGCGGCGUGCCUGCCAGUCCCUGCCAAGCCCUGCUUUCGUUGCCGAGUCUGCCCUUUGGCUUGAGCUUUGAGCCAUCAGCCACUGUCUAUCCUCCCACGUGUCUGUCUCACUCGGAAGCUACUUCCUUGAGACCUACUAGCCAGAAACACGCCAGAGUCCUUCCGCGCUUCCAAUGUCAGAAACAAUGUUUCCUCGUGGACUAGACAACGAGCGCGGCGUGUCUCCACCCCGGGGAGUGA